AUGCUUGCCAACAUUGCCAUCGUUGUUGCUGGCCUUGCCGCUGUCGGCACUGCUCUCCCCACCAAUGGUACUGCUUUCCACAGGAAUGGUACUACUCAUCACAACAACGGUACUGUUCAGCAUACAAACGGCACUGCUUUCCAUCCUCAUGGUGGCGCUUUCCAUACCCAUGGUACUACUGUUAAGCGUGGUGCUAUUGCGGACAAGUACACCUACUACCAAGGUGACGGAUCAACUGCCGCUGGCUGGCCCUCCCAAGACGACUGGGGCUCCUGGGAUGAUCUUUGGAAAGCCAACGUCCCUCUUAUGCAGAAGUCCUGCACCUGGAACGGCUGGGUCGGUGAUGACUCCGAAGAUGAGAUCCAGGACAUCGGCACUGCCAUCCAGGCCGUCUCCAAGGCUGCUGAUAUCGACCCUCGCUUCAUCCUCGCCAUUGUGAUGCAGGAGAGCAAGGGAUGCGUCCGUGUCCCAACCACCAACAAUGGCGUUACCAACCCUGGCCUCAUGCAGUCUCACGACGGCGCCGGCAGCUGCUUUGGACUGAACCCCUGCCCUUCAUCCACUAUCAACCUCAUGAUCAAUGAUGGUGUGAGCGGCACUAAGGAGGGCCCGGGCCUCCAGAGCCUUCUGUCUGAGGCUAAGGAGAAGACUCACAACAACGGCAGCCAGGCUUACUAUGCUGCUGCUCGGCUCUACAACAGCGGCUCUGCCGAUUACUCCGACCUCGAUCAAGGCCUUGGUAGUACUGCUUGCUACGCAUCUGAUGUUGCCAACCGCCUCACGGGCUGGACCCUUGCUGCCAGCACCUGCCAUUAA